AUGUCAAAUAUACCCUUAGUUCAUUUUCGACAUCAACUGAUCAUCAACGUCGCUUCUGUCGUCGGCAAUCGAGCACCGCCUCUGAGCGCCGCGGCCAUCGACCACUUUCGAGCGUUGCAAACCACUGACCCGCCACCAUUGCCAGCCAACGACACCCCGCCGGCCGACCGCCGCAUCCGAGUGAUGUCGGUCGUCGCCGCAGCCGAUCGCAACAGCUACCUGCCGCCACCUCCGGGUAUCGUAGUCACUGUGGCUGGCCACCACCACAGGCCACCGCCACCGACCACCACCGUAGACCAACGUCUCCGGUCACUACCUCCAAGCGCCGCCGGCAACCACCUCUAG